GAGGGAACAUCAUCAGUAUAUGGUCGGAGGAACAACCCCCAAACGAGGAUGAUGAUGAGGGAAAUGUAGGAGUACAUGGCGAUGAGGAAGAGGAUGAUGUAGAUGGAGAUCAAGGUCGGGGCGAGGAACACCAACCGUCCACUCAAUUCUCUUCGCAUCAAGAUUCUCCAUUUUUUUACCCACCCCCAUAUGAAGGCUCUUAUCUCCAUCUACAUCAUAGGAUGAUGUAGAUGGAGAUCAAGGUCGGGGCGAGGAACACCAAUCAUCCACUCAAAUCAUCCACUCAAUUCUCUUCGCAUCAAGAUUCUCCAUUUUUUUACCCACCACCAUAUGAUGGCUCUCAUCAUUACUCCACACCGCCGGAUGCAUAUAUUUCCACAUUUACAGAUUCAUCAUUGCAUCAUGCAUUUCCAUCAUUUGAGUCUCGCCCUUCUUAUGCGCACACAACGCUUGAUUGGAACAGUAGUGGUUCUUAUGCGUAUUCUCUGCCAUUCUCCUACACUACAUGGCUAUUUCUACCAUCCCACAAAAAAUCAUUACCAUAAUCCACAAGCAUAUGACAAACUUUUUCUGGGGAUACAAGGAUGAUAAAACCAAGUACCACUGGGUUAGUUGGAAAAAAAUUUGUACUCCGGGAGCAGAACGAGGAUUAAACACCAGAUCCCUUCAUCACACUCAAAAAACACUACACCUCAAAAUGUGGUGGUCCUUUCAAAAGGGGAAGUCUAUGUGGGCAGAACACAUGAAUCAAAGAUACAGUGCUAGAGACAUGUAAUCUAAGCCAAAAGAUUCUCAAACUUGGAAAACAAUCUGCUCAAUUCAUCCUUUGGGGGCAAGCCUUACCACGCUAACCGACAAUACCCUUACAUGGAAUCCCUCCCCUGAUGGCCAGUUCACCCUUACAACUGCGUACCAGCAAAUCAGACCACCAAACCCAUCCACAUUCAGUCAAACUCAGAUUUAGACCUCAAAAAACAAACUUAACAUUAAAAUUUACAUCACCCAGUCACUACCUUUCCCAGAACAACUCACUCGCUUCAAAUUUCAACUUGUGACAAGAUGUCCUAUUUGCCUACUUUCUCAAGAAUCUGAGAACCACUGCCUCUUCUCAUGCCCUAAAUUUUCCCUAUAUGGUAUUAUUUCUCUAAUAUUAUGCAGGUUGGAGCAAUUGACAGGGAAGAUCUACGACAGGCUGUCCUUAAAUGGCGCUUGGAGGCAAUUCAGCUACAUACUAUCUCCGGAAUCCUAAGGAACAUUCUACCUGGGGUUAUAAUGUGGCAUGCUUGGAAAGGUUAUAACUCACUGUUCUGGGACAACAAACCAUCCAUGAAUGGUGCUACAACAAUAUUGGGAAAAAAUUCAUGAAAUUUGACAGCGAACUAUUUUCAGACGGUUUGAUGCCCCACAUUAAGUCUUACACACCGCAGACAGCAAUAAAAUGGAAUUAUACCUCUUCACACAAGCUUUGCCUGAAUGUUGAUGCAGCACACAAGGACACCCGCAGCUCAGGAGGCGCUAUUAUGAGGAACAUCCAUGGGAAAUUCAUCACAG